AUGAAUCUCGGAUCGGAAAAUCGCCCCGUGCUCGGAGUUCGAAGGCCUGCCAAGGACCUUCAGCGCAAAAUGGAGUCGCUAAAUGUCAACAAGGCGUCAGAAGCGGUGACUACAGCUCCCGCGGAAAAAGAAACGAAAGGAGGGCUUACUGAAGCCGAAAUUCUGGAAGAAGCAGUUUGCCAGAACCCAGACGCAUUCGAUCCUUCAAGUUGCAAUCCUGGCGACGACCUAGUCGACGCCUUCCAAUCCUACACCUCGAAAAAAAUUUUCGGGACUUUGGAUGAUAAAACAUCUGGCACAAACUUCAUGCCGUUUCCGUGGAUGGAUAGAAACAACAAGCGGAGCGCCUUUGAAGACCUCGACCAUUCAUUUUUCGACCAUAGUUCGUCUUCCAACCAGUCCAUGUCUCCGCCAUCCCACUAUGACAGCAGCUUCGACCUGGACGCUCUCGAUCUCUAA